CCUCUGAACAUCCCUUGCAAAGCAUUUUUUGGAUUUAGUGGAGAGUCCGGACCAAUGAUCUACUGGAUGAAAGGGGAGAAGUUUAUUGAAGAACUGGCAGGUCACAUUAGAGAAGGUGAAAUAAGGCUCCUCAAAGAGCAUCUUGGAGAAAAAGAAGUUGAGUUGGCACUCAUCUUUGAUUCAGUGGUGGAGGCUGACCUGGCAAAUUAUACCUGUCAUGUGGAAAACCGAAAUGGACGGAAACAUGCCAGCGUUCUGCUGCGUAAAAAGGAUUUAAUCUACAAAAUUGAGCUUGCAGGAGGCCUGGGAGCAAUAUUCCUCCUCCUUGUACUGCUUGUGGCCAUCUACAAAUGCUACAACAUUGAACUGAUGCUCUUCUACCGACAACAUUUUGGAGGUGAUGAAACUAGCGAUGACAACAAGGAAUAUGAUGCCUAUCUCUCUUACACAAAAGUGGACCAAGAUACUUUAGACUGUGACAAUCCUGAAGAAGAGCAAUUUGCUCUUGAAAUACUGCCAGAUGUCCUGGAAAAACACUAUGGAUACAAACUCUUCAUCCCAGAAAGGGACUUGAUUCCAAGUGGAAAUCCAACUUCUAAUGAUGAAGCUUCCCACAUAACUUCUUUCUUUUUGGGAGCAGAAAGAAAGGAAGAAAAUGAAGAGUCAGAGCUGUUGAUACAUUGGGAUAAUAUUUUUCCACUCUAUUGAAACUUUCUACCUUUCCUUCCAUUCUGUUUCACCAGUUCUCUAAAUGAUAAUUACGGAGUGAUAACUUCUCCA